AUGAUGAAUAAUUCUUCAUCUUCUGUCAAUGGCUUCUACAACUUCCUCACACAAGGCCUCAACAAUCUAGACCACUUGUUCGUCUCCCAAAACUUCAUGUCAUUUCAAUUUCUCCAGCAUGUUCUUUCAACAUUUCAAUCUUUCCAUUCCCAGAUAACAGUUUUGGUUCAAAACUUGCAUUUACCAGUUGGAGAGAAAUGGCUUGAUGAGUACAUGGAUGAAAGCUCUAGGCUCUGGGAAGUCUGCCAUGUCCUAAAAUCAGGAGUAUCGGGCCUCGAAAAUUACUACUCAUCCGGUGCCAAUAUCGCUUCUUCCCUCGAUAAUCACCUCGUUUUAAACCCUCAACUUUCCCGCCAGGUUAUUAGAGCCAUCACUGUUUGCCAAAGGGAGACAGUGGGUUUGGAGGAGGAGAAUAGGAGCUUAAUGGAAACAAGAAUACAACCAUUAUCAUUGAAAUUUGAUCAUGAGAAUGUCUCUACAGAAUCAAAGUUCAAUGGAUUCAAUGGUUUUAGAGGAGUUCUCUAUGCAAUGAGGAAUGUAACCACAGUUCUACUAAUGAUCUUGCUCAAUGGUCUUGUGUACUAUUCUCCUGAUCAAACAAGCUUUGGCCAUGGAGGUUAUGAAGGACACAUGAUUUUUGGUUCACCCUUCAUGGUUUCAACAGCAAGAUUGCACCAGAGAGUAGCUGCUGAGAUGAAUCGGAUCAAUGGGCGACCUGGAAUUCUUCUCUACGAGUUUAGAAGGGCAAGAACCGCCAUGGAUGAGCUGAGAGAAGAAUUGGUGAGAGGUGUUGAGUAUGGAGAUGAAGUUCAUGACAAGUUUGAGAAUUUGAAGUGUUGCUUUGUGGAGUUGCAGUGUGGGGCUGAGACCAUAAUUGGGCAACUUGAUGACUUGUUUGAUGAAAUAGUUGAAGAGCGGAAGAAGCUUUUGGACAUGUGCUCUCAUAGGUAG